AUGGACAACCUCCUCAACAAAGUCCCCAACAUGGCUCCCGACGGACCUCUGGGCACAGAAAAGAAAGGUCCCUUGACAGUAAUCGGAGACCCUCUCGGCCAAGUCCUCAGCUACGUAACGAAACCCAUCGGCCUAGUGACAGGCAAGAUCGGGAAUCCGAAUGGUGAGGCGCUUCUCGCCGUACGAAAGCAGGCCGAGCGGGAGGGAAAGUAUACAGAUGACGAUAAUCACAAACCGGAUUCGGAGUUGCCUGGGGGUGAGAGGAUUGGUGGGAAGGAGCAGAAUGGGGAGAAUCCGCUGGGCUUGUGA